GUUUAUUAAUUUAUUUAUUUUCUAAUAUUCUUGAUUUUUCUACUUUUGUUUUAUGCUAUUAUAAAAGUGCUGAAAACCACAUUAGGUUGAGAAUAGGGUACAAAUUAUUAAAAAAUAUUGAAAAUGGGUAAAAUUGUGUACGGGAUCAUAUUGGUGGUGGGUUUGGCACUGGUUAUCGCCGGGGCUGUAGUGCUGGGAAUUAUGCCCGGAAUUAUUAAAGACAAAAUAAAAGAGGAAGUGCCCAUAACUGAAGGCAGUGACGCGUAUGACCGGUGGCAGAAGACCCCGGUGCCCCUAUACAUGGCGUUCAGGUUUUUCACAAUAAAAUAUACAAACUUUACUUCUCUGGAAGAUCUUCAGUUCCAAGAGAAGGGUCCGUAUGUUUACAAAGAGGAGAGAAGUAAAGUGAACGUCAAUUUCACGGAUGACGGCAAUCAGGCCUCGUAUUACGAACACAAAGUCUAUUCGUUUAGCGAAGAGAAGUCGUGUAAAGGGUGUAAAGAAAGUGACAACAUCACUUUCAUUAACUUCCCAAUCUUGGGCGAAAUAUUGAAUGAGGAAGAGUGGACAGUAUAUACUGGCAAAAAGGACAUUGCUCAAUUGGGACAAAUUACAUCGUUUGAUCAUAAAACUUCCCUAACAAAUGACGAUAAAAAUCAAUCAGUCGUUUGGAAAAAGGAUAAAAAAGCCGAGACAUGCAAUAAACUGAAGGGAACCGAUGGGUCCAUAUUCGCACCCGACCUCACCAAAGAUGAUAUAGUCUAUGCAUUUGAACCACAACUGUGCAGAACCGUUUACUUCAAGUACUGGAAAGAGACUUCGGUGCAAGACAUCGACACGUAUAGGUUUCGAGUGCCCAAGGACUAUUUCGAGAACCCCAAUAUCAAUGACAAGAACACGUGUUAUUGUCUGUAUGAUGACAUGAAGAAGCAAUGCAGGCACAGUGGUUUGCUCGACAUAUCCCACUGUCAGCGACGAUCAUUAGGCGGACCCAUCAUCAUGUCGUCCCCCUAUUGGAACAACGGUGACGACAGUCUACUCAACCAAUUCAAAGUGCCGAUUGUAUCGCCACAAGAGCGCAACGAUGAUAAUUAUGGCACUAUUCUCGACAUCGAACCGAUGACGGGAACCACUCUGAGGGCGUACAGAAGAAUGCAAAUGAAUCUAAAAUUGUCGGGAAGUGAUGCUUAUAAAGACUAUAUGCCGCAAUUAGCCAAAACUGAUAAGAAUAAGGAUUAUAUUAUACCCGCCUUUUGGGUCGAAGAGACGGCUGAGGCUGAUGAGGAUCAGGCGGAUAAGUGGAAAUCAAUGGUGGGGACGCCUAAAAAGGUUGCAAAUGGUGUGUCCAUUGCGGCGUGUGUUGUGGGGGCUCUCAUGACAAUCGCUGCCAUUUACCUGUUUAUCAGAAACCGAUGAAAAACUAUUUAUUAGUUUAUUUAAUAGAAGUUUUUAAAGUAUUAUUCAUCACUUCAUUGUUUCACUUAAUUAAAGUAUCAUGGCAUUUGUACAAUUAUUACUUAUAUU